AUGCCGCAGCGGUCAACGGGUCGACAUCGGCAGCAUCCCGUUCGUGAGCACGGCGACCGUCUGCUGGAUCUGGUUCUCACGAUGGAUCUGUCUGGUGCGAAUUCGGUGGAGUGGCUGCUGGAGGUGAGGCGGCUUGAGGUGGUCUCCUGCCUGGCGUGGCAGCUCAACUACUCGACGCAGCACGCACAGUCCGUGGUGGAGUCUGUCGUGACGCGGCUGACCCUCAUCGACCCGCCCGAGGACGGCAGGAGCUACACGCACUCGCCAAGCAUCGUCACGGCCGCCAUGCCCACCACAGAGAAGUCAGACUGA